UUCAAAGCCGGCAUCCACGACACCUAUAAUCGGCUAUCUUCUUGGGUAGGCCAAGACUGCUGCGCAUGGGAGGGGGUCAUCUGUGGUGCCACCACUGGCCACGUCGUCAUGCUCGACCUCCGGAAUACGUUUGAUCGGGCAUUACGCGGUGAGAGGGUGAUGAACUCGUCAUUGCUUGCUUUAUCACAUCUGGAGCACUUGGAUCUUAGCGUCAAUGAUUUCAGGAGAAUCCGCAUACCGGAAUUCAUCGGCUCCUUCAAGAAAUUGAGAUACCUCAAUCUAUCUUCUACAUAUUUCAUGGGAGGAAUACCUGCUCGGCUGGGGAACCUUUCGAGCCUCUACGUUCUUGAUCUAAGCGAUGCUUUAGAUUUUAAAUACCAUGUUGACAACCUCGACUGGCUCUCCCAUCUUACCUCCCUGAAGAACCUGGACUUGAGCUGGUUGAAGCUAACCGGUGCCCCAGAUUGGUUCUCAUCCGUGAACAUGCUGCCAUCCCUCCAAGUGUUAAGUAUGUCUUACGUUGGUCUCGAUACCAUCCCAGCUUCUGUUGUCCAUGUCAACUUCACCUCCUCUCUUACCGUCCUUGAUCUCUCCUUCAAUAAUUUCAACUCCAUCUUACCCAAAUGGUUGGGGAAUAUUAGUAGUCUUACCCAUCUUGAUCUCCAUUACUCUGGGUUCUAUGGCGUUAUUCCCGAUACAAUUGGAGACUUGGGCUCUCUUACUUUUCUUAAUCUAGGAGACAAUCAACUCGAGGGUACCGUACCGAGAUCCAUGGUUGAUCUCCGUAGACUGAAAGAAUUACAUAUGCCAUUGAACCAAUUUAUUCAACGGUUCCAUGCCUUCCUCCGUUGGUAAGUUGUCUAAUCUCACUGAAUUGAAUCUCGCUGGAAAUUCUGUUGGAGGUGUCCUUUCAGAAGUUCAUUUUGAGAAUCUUACAAGAUUGCAAGAGUUGGACUUGCAUGACAACUCCAUCACCAUAUCCAUUGGACAGAGUUGGGUCCCCCCUUUCCAACUCAGAUAUGUAGAUUUAACCAAAUGUCAGUUGGGACCUCAAUUUCCAGAAUGGUUGCAGUUUCAAACACAGAUCGAAGAAUUAUAUUUGGCAGACUGUAAAAUUGCAGGGACAAUGCCCGCUUGGUUUUGGAAUAUUUCAUCUUCUACCAUCACAUAUUUAUUCCUUUCCAACAACCAAAUAGGAGGGAAGCUGCCAUCUUCUUUGAAGUUCACAAAGUUGGAAAUAUUAGAUUUGGAUUCCAACAGAUUUGAAGGUUCAUUGCCUACGAUGCUACCGUCUACACUUCAUACUCUAUCUCUCUCCAAUAAUUCCUUUACAGGGCAAUUACCGAUAUGGCCUCAUGUUAAAUUUGUGUUCAUCUCAGAUAACAUGCUUGACGGUGGCUUAUCUUCAUCAAUCUGCCAAUGGGCAUUUCUCGUAUACCUUGACCUUUCGAACAACAAAUUACUUGGUGAGAUCCCUUAUUGUCUGGGAAAAUCAUUACAAAAUCUUUAUUUCUUGAAUUUGGACAACAAUCACUUCUCAGGUGAAAUUCCACACACGAUCGGUUUUUUAAGUGAGCUUCGGCUAUUGCAACUGAAAAAUAAUAGUUUUUCGGGUGAGGUUCCUUUGUCAUUGAAAAAUUGUACAAAGUUACAAUUUCUUGAUCUGGCUCAAAAUAAUUUUGUUGGAAGUAUAAUGCUAUGGGUGGGAGAAAAUCUACGACAACCGGUAGUACUUCGUCUACGUUCAAAUAUGUUUUUUGGAGUUAUUCCUUGGCAACUUGUUCGAUUUGAACAGCUUCAAAUAUUGGAUCUUGCUAAUAACAAUUUCUCUGGAUCAAUACCUAACAACAUUGGUAAUUUAAAUACCAUGAGAUCGACAUCACAAUAUUAUGAUUUUUGUUAUGAUGAAUUGGAUGUCUUUACAAAGGGACAAGAUCUUUAUUAUUUACAAUGCAACAUGCAACUUAAGAAAAGUUUAGAUCUUUCAAACAAUAGUCUAACCGGAGAGAUACCAAAAGGAGUUGGAGACCUUGCAGGACUCAAGAACUUCAAUUUGUCAAGAAAUCAUUUACAAGGGGAAAUCCCUUGA